GUUGCAUUAGGCUCAAGAGAUGCGCUCCAAACAUGUAGAGCACUCACUUGGGACACCCGGGAAGAGCUGGCCGAAGGCCACUCCAUGGGUGCGAUCUGUGGCCCUGACCACACUGCUGACAGUGGCCGUGGCCACACUGUGCUGGGCACCUGAUAGACUGCAGGGAAUUCGACGUCUACAAACCACUGUGGAUGAUAAAUCCGAGCGCUGCAAACCUCCGCGCAAGCCUCCGAACUUUGGCACAAUCUUCAGCCUGGACCCAGUCCAGAUCAACUUUUGCGGUGAGAUUCCUAUGACUGAAUUGGUGGGUACCAACACGCAGGUGAGCAGCAUCUCCUUCUUAGCCUUGACUGCCACGGCCGAGGUGGUGACCUUGGUAGAGAAAGGUGGCCCCAUCUACCAGCUGAAUGCGGCUGGAUUCAGCCGGGGCAGGGUGCUCUCCGAUGGAGAUCGAGCACGUUGGGACAUCACUAGACCUGCGGUCCGAACCUUUGGAGGGAAUUCCUGUUUAGACUUCACGCAGUUCUGUGAAGUGGCUUCAGUCACCCCUUUGCUGACUGGCUUCGUGGUGGUUGAUCGACAUCGACUGCAGGAGUUCAAUGUCUCCUGGGGAGAGUCUGAAAGCAGCGAAGUGGCCCUGAACACCAUGGGAAAGAUGAAUAUGGAAGCACCGAUCCUGCAAGAUGCUCAACUCUUCUUCCCAACCUACCUGGCUGUGUACAAAUCUGUGAACAAUACCCACAUCAGUGAUGAAUUGGAGAUUUCUCCGCUCUUUCCGCACGCAGCGGAUCGCUAUUUUUUUGUGGCAGAUACAGGUCAUCACCGGGUGAUGUUCAUCAACGCUUCAAGCCAUUCCAGCUUGCAGUACAUCGAAUCCUAUGGUGUCAUGGGGGAGGCUAGAAGCGACACCACGGGUUUCAACUUUCCAAUGGGACUGGCAGUCAUGGUGCCAACAGAUGAAAGCUUCUAUGGCCUUGUGAUGGCAGCAGUUUUCGUAGCAGAUCGACGCAACAAUCGCCUCGUAAAGCUACUGCUUGGAUACAGGAGAGAUCCAAGCCAACCGCAGAACAAGGGCGAGAAGCCCACGCUCAUGUGGGGCGGUGAGUACUACCGUGACAUCGCAGGUGCACAGUACAACCAGAGUUUGUAUGAUCCCGUUGGUGUCUCCAUCUACCGGCAUUGGAUCUUUGUCAGCGAGGCAGAGGGGAAUGCCAUCACAGUACUGACGACAAACUAUAUGCAGCACGAUGAGUUGCUGUAUAUCACUGAGCUCUACCCGGCACCCGGCGUGCAACUCACGGGCAGCUUCUCGACCACGGAGCAGGGCUACUUGUGGUUUGCGUACAUCAACCGACCCUCCACACAUGGCUUAGCUAGCAUCUAUCUGCCUGAGCCCUUGGUCCGGUCGCCACCGGCGUCGUGGAUCGAGGAGUUUCGCGCGCAGUGCACUAAUGCCACCGUCUACAAUCUCUUCAUUAUGGCAAACUCAACGAUCUACGAUGAGCACGUGUUGCAGGUGCUGAAUGCUGCUCGCAUCAACUGGCGCUUCCCCUACCUGCCUGGCUAUUUGAGCAAGGAUGCCUUCAACUUGACCCUCAUGUUUGAUUUGAUGCUUUGGAACGAAACCGUCCUGGAGGGCAACAUGUUCUACUGCCUGCCGCCACCGCCAGAAACGACUCCGCCUAUGUUGAGCGCCAACGAAGGCGGUUGGAACACACCUGGAGGUGGUGGGGUGACGCUGCUGGGCGCCUCACAACGCAUGUGCAGUCUACAUGUGGUUCUUGGCGUCGUGCUGUUGUCCCUGAUGGAAAUGGCAAUGCUGUGAGCACCAGUGACGAAGGGACUGGUGAAGAGCCCAU